AUGCUCCGACUGUUCACAGAUGGGUGUCGUUUCAACAUCCUGGGGUCAUGGCCAAAUGGCAAGGCUCUUGUCGACGUCUAUGAGCAUGUCCUUGCCGAUUACUCUAACGACGCCUCCUUCACCGCAGUUCCAGACGAGAACACCGUCUUCGACGACGCAGCGCGCGACGACAUGAUGAUCAACUGGUGCAAUACCGCCACUCAGGCAAACGGGACCUUGACCUUCUGA